AUGUCCUUUGUUGCUAGACGUCAAUUAUCCACCUUGAUCCCUCCAAAAAUCGUUUCGGUCAAGAACUUGGGGUCAAACCCAAAUGCUAAGAAAAUGGCCAGUGUCGUCGAAUUUUACAAAGCUUUACCUCAAGGUGAUGCUCCAGUCAAGAAAUCUUGGGGCUUGCUCUCUAAGUACAGAAGUGCCUACUUUGAUGGUGAAAAUGGUUCCGUCAAGCCUUUAUUACAUUAUGCUCUCUUUAUCAUGGGUGUUGGUUACUCUUUGGAAUACUACUUCCACCAUGCUGCUCACAAUGGAGAACACCACUAA